CGCCGAGACAGAGCGGAAGAUGGCGGCGGAGGCGCUGCUGUCCAGUCUGUUGGGAUUGCUAUUUCUGGGGCUCCUGUUACCUGCGCAUCUGACGGGCGGUGUCGGGAGCCUGAAUUUGGAGGAGCUGAGUGAGAUGCGUUAUGGCAUCCAGAUCCUGCCGUUGCCUGUCAUGGGAGGGCAGAGUCAAGCUUCAGACGUGGUGGUUGUGUCUUCAAAGUACAAACAGCGCUAUGAGUGCCGCCUACCAGCUGGAGCUAUUCACUUCCAGCGUGAAAGGGAGGAGGAGACGCCUGCUUACCAGGGGCCCGGGAUCCCUGAAUUGUUGGGCCCAAUGAGAGACGCCCCUUGUCUGCUGAAGACCAAAGACUGGUGGACAUAUGAAUUCUGUUAUGGACGCCAUAUCCAGCAGUACCAUAUGGAAGACUCAGAGAUCAAAGGUGACAUCCUCUAUCUUGGCUACUACCAGUCAGCCUUCAACUGGGAUGAUGAAACAGCCAAGGCCUCCAAACAGCAUCGACUGAAACGCUACCACAGCCAGACCUACGGCAACGGGUCCAAAUGUGAUCUCAACGGGAAGCCCCGAGAAGCUGAAGUUCGGUUUCUGUGUGAUGAGGGCGCGGGCAUCUCUGGGGACUACAUUGAUCGAGUAGAUGAACCCUUCUCCUGCUCCUACGUACUGACCAUUCGCACGUCGCGGCUCUGCCCACACCCUCUCCUCCGGCCACCAGCCAGCGCUGCCCCACAGGCCAUUCUUUGUCACCCAGCCCUGCAGCCUGACGAGUACAUGGCUUACCUCCAGAGGCAGGCUGAGUCAAAGCAGCGUGAAGAGAAAAUCACAGAGGAAGUCCGAGACACAGACCAAGUGUGGAGUGGGAGCAAGGCUGCUGGAGCACCCCCAAAGAAAGAAGAUGUCAGGCCAGCCAAGGAAGAUAAGGAAUCAGAGCUCUGGAAAAUGCUUCAGGAGCCAGAGGAGCAGGCAGCAGGAAGAGAGGAGAUACAAGCAGGGGAACAGGACCUGAACCACGAGGCUGCAGCAGAUCCAGCUCCAAACCCUCCCAAUGAUUUUCAGAGCAAUGUGCAGGUCAAACUCAUCCGGAGUCCUGCAGACCUGAUCCGGCUGAUUGAGGAACUGAAGGCUGCAGAAAAGGGGAAGCCAAGCGUAAAGCAGGAGCAGCCUGGAGAUGACGCCACAGACACCCCUCAGAAGGAAGCGGAGGCAUCGAAGGGAAAGGGUGGUGAGCCCCGGGGUCUUGUGGACGAAGAGGAUGGUGACGAAGAGGAGGAGGAAGAGGAGGAGGAAGAGGAUGAAGAGGAGCAGCAGCUCCUGGGAGAGUUUGAGAAAGAGCUGGAGGGGAUGCUGCUGCCCUCGGACCGCGAGCGCCUCCGCUCAGAGGUUAAGGCUGGCAUGGAACAGGAGCUGGAAAACAUCAUCCAGGAGACAGAGAAGGAACUGGACCCAGAAGGGUUGAGGAAGGAGUCCGAGAGGGAGCAGGCAAUACUGGCUCUAACAUCCACUCUGGACAAACUCAUCAAGAGGCUACAGGAGAACCAGAGUCCAGAGCUUGUGCAGAAAUACAAGAAAAGGAGAGUUGUCCCCCAAAAGCCUCCCCCAUCACCACACCCUACAGAGGAGGAGCCUGAGCACAGAGUCCGGGUCCGAGUCACCAAGCUCCGUCAUGGAGGCCCCAAUCGGGACCUGACUGUCCUGGAGAUGAACCGGGAAAACCCACAGCUGAAACAGAUCGAGGGGCUGGUGACGGAAGUGCUGGAGAGGGAGGGGCUCACGGCGGAAGGCAAGAUUGAGAUCAAAAUCGUGCGACCUGGGGCUGAAGGUAAGGAGGAGGACACACGCUGGCUGACUGAUGAGGACACAAGAAACCUUAAGGAGAUUUUCUUCAAUAUCCUGGUGCAGGGAGCGGAAGAGGCCACUAAAGAGCGCCAGCGACAGAGUGAGCUGGAGAGCAAUUACCGCCGCGUGUGGGGCUCUCCCGGUGGUGAAGACACAGGAGACCUGGAUGAGUUUGACUUCUGAGACCACCCUGCCAGGCCCUUUAAGGAUUCCUGCAUCUUCCUGACCAGCUCUGCCUCCUUACCCCUGACCCUGGGGCCCGGGAGGCACGAGGGCAGAUUGGAGCCCAGCCCCGAGGGUGUAUGAGGGUGUGUGGGGACCCAUGAGGGGGAGCUGUUGCGGCUCCAGGGAGCCUCCCUAAGGCCUCAGCCAGGCCUGUGGUUCCACUCCCCAAACGUGCCCUCCUUUGCCCCUUUGGCUUUUCCUGGCCCCCAGCUUCUUAGCACUUACCCACUCUACCCAGAGACUUGAUGCGACCUUGUGAGUGGGGGAGGCAGGAACAGCAGGACUGCAGGUUUUCAGACUCCGUGAAAGCAGAUCCCCGACCCAGCCAGCUCACCCUACCCUACCUCGAUUCCCUGUUGCUGUUUGGGAGCUGUUGUCCCCCUCCCUUGGAAUCCCUACUUCCUGUCUCUGCUGUCCCCUGUGCUUCUGAGCCCAGACUAUCUCUUGUCACUGAGGGAAUGGGAGACCUUUCAUAUCACCUCACACACAAUCCCAGUGAGGAGGGUUGGGCAUGGAGCCACCCCCUCAUUCCUCAGCAAUCAGGUUUCUGAAUAAAAAACUGGACUGUCCACCCACCAGGCUUUGUUGGGAGGGCGAUCAGGUAGGAGCUCAGGGUCAGGGGCAUGUUCUUGGAUCCUGCUGGCUCUGUUUCCCAGAGAGUGUCAGUCCGCCUGGGGCACACAGGAGGCGACCAGAACAGCUGAACAAAGCCCUCCAGAUGGAGAGAGACGCUGUUCUCUCCUGAGUAAGAUGACCAGGCACCAGCCUCCAGAGGCCUGAGGGAGACCAAGGAUCAGUCUCUGGCAGUCAUCUUACAAACUGGGCUCUGAAAGGCUAAGGAUUUGGAGGCAAGUCUCAGAGGACCCUAAGAGCUGUGGAAAGCUACAGGAGACCUGUGGUCCCUCCUCUCAUCCGUUCCUACCCAGGGGCUCACAGAUGUAAGGUGAGCCCUGUACUGCUGAGUUGUACCUAGCCAGUCACUGCAGUUGGGCAGAAGCAAAUCUUUCCUAAUCCUCUCCUUCCUUACAUCCUGAAAGCCAAAAUGUGUACCACAGAGACCCUCCCACACCCACCCGGGACAUGUCCUUCCUGCGGCAUAGUCCAGAUUCCAUUUGCCAGCCAAUUCUCCCCCCCCCCCCACCCCGGGUUAUUUACUGUUCCCUGGAAAACACCUACACUCAUGACAGGGCUGCUGCCCACAUGCCAUCGUCACAGUAUUCCAGAGGCAGAUGGGCCUGGGGUUCCACCUCCUCCUGAUAACCUCGGCAGUUGUGGGUCCCUCCUGUCCCUGUGUCCUCUCCCAGCGUAGUGGGCCCUCAGGACAGUAAAGAUAAAGUUUCCCUUUUGGGUCCCCAGCUGGAGACAAAAGGGACUGAACACGACGUGCCCUGCCAUCUCCAGAAGAGUAAAAUGAUUAUUU